AUGUCAUCUCCAGCUCCAGGUGGUCAAAGAACAGACAUCAAACGUCGUAACAACGCCAAAUCAAAAGCUCAAUCUCAACAACAAACUCCAACUUCUUCAAGAUCUGCUGGAUUUGGUGGUUCAAGUGCAAAUUUAUUAAAAUUAUAUACUGAUGAAGCUCAAGGUUUAAAAGUUGAUCCUUUAGUUGUUUUAUUCUUAGCUGUUGGUUUUAUCUUUUCUGUUAUUGCAUUACAUGUUAUUGCUAAAUUAACUGGUAAAUUUACUUCAUAA